ACUCGCGAGCUCCAAUCUCAAGAGAGAGAGAGAGAGAGAGAGAAGCUGCUGAGAGAGAGGGACAAGAGCCGUUACCUUCUGAGCAUUGGAACGUUACAUAAAAGCGUUGCAAAGUUUAGUAUUAGCCUUCACUUUCAAUUUGUGACGCAAUGGCCACUGGGUUCAGCUUCAGCCUCAUCUUUGCGGCUUCACUUUUUCUCAUGCUUCUGGAUUGUUGCUCUGGGAGUUUUAUUGGGGUCUGCUAUGGAAGAAGUGCUGAUGACCUCCCCACACCUGACAAGGUGGCACAGUUGGUUCAACUUCACAAAAUCAAAUAUGUCAGGAUUUAUGAUUCUAAUAUACAGGUUCUGAAGGCCUUUGCAAACACUGGAGUUGAACUUAUGAUUGGGAUUCCAAAUUCAGAUUUGCUGUCAUUCUCCCAGUUCCAAUCGAAUGCGGACACUUGGUUGAGAAACAGCAUCCUUCCUUACUAUCCAGCCACAAAGAUCACAUACAUAACUGUUGGUGCUGAAGUCACAGAAAGUUCUAACAAUGCCUCUUCAUUUGUAGUACCUGCCAUGAACAAUGUACUUGCAGCACUCAAGAAACUUGGGCUGCACAAAAAGAUAAAAGUUUCUAGCACUCUUUCCCUUGGGGUUCUGUCCCGAUCAUUCCCACCUUCUGCUGGGGCUUUCAAUAGUAGCCAUGCACAUCUCCUGAAACCAAUGUUAGAAUUUCUUGCCGAAAAUCAGUCACCUUUUAUGAUUGAUAUAUAUCCUUAUUAUGCUUACCGUGAUUCCCCAAAUAAAGUUCCUUUAGACUAUGCACUGUUUGAGGCAUCCUCUGAAGUUAUUGAUCCAAACACUGGUUUGUUGUACACGAGCAUGUUUGAUGCCCAGAUUGAUGCUAUUUAUUUUGCACUGAUGGCCCUAAAUUUCAGAACAAUAAAGGUCAUGGUCACUGAAACAGGUUGGCCUUCCAAAGGGUCACCUAAGGAGACAGCUGCAACUCCCGAUAAUGCACAAAGAUAUAAUACUAAUCUGAUAAGGCAUGUUAUCAAUGACACUGGUACUCCUGCAAAACCUGGAGAGGAGCUAGAUGUUUACAUCUUCUCAUUGUUCAAUGAAAAUAGGAAGCCAGGUUUAGAAUCUGAGAGGAACUGGGGAUUAUUUUAUCCAGACCAGACAAGUGUGUAUAACCUAGAUUUCACUGGAAGAGGUGCUAUUGAUAUGACAACUCCGGCAAAUGUUACCAGAUCAAAUGGAACAACAUGGUGCAUUGCUUCGAGUAAGGCCUCACAAAUUGACCUACAGAAUGCCAUAGAUUGGGCUUGUGGUCCUGGCAAUGUGGACUGUACGCCUAUCCAGCCUAGCCAGCCUUGUUUUGAGCCAGAUAACCUAGUCUCACAUGCAUCUUACGCUUUUAAUAGCUAUUAUCAGCAAAAUGGGGCUUCUGAUGUCGCCUGUAGUUUUGGAGGCACAGGUGUAAAAGUUGAUAAGGAUCCAAGCUAUGACAAGUGCAUCUACAUGAGAGCUGGCAAUAACAAAACUGUGGCAAGUAAUACAACAGCAAUGUCUUCAACUUCAUCCUCCUCAACAAAAGAAAAAUCUUCAUCGAUUUCUAUUUUUCUUCUUGCAUUUUGUAUCUCCUUUCUAUUGAAUAUUCAAUGCUGACAAGCUUGAUUGUUGAAAGUGCAGCAUGAUUUUGCUAUGUUGAGAUGUAUUCUGCGUUUGACAUGCAGGGGAGGUAAUGGUUUGGUGGAAAGCUUUCUUGUUAUGCAUCUGAAAAGAGUAAACUCCUUUGCUGUUAUAAAAAAAAAAAGUUCUUAACUGCGUUAGAGAAAUCUUGGUACUAGUUGUGUGCCAAGAGAGGCAAAACAGCAAGCAAGAUAACUGACUUCUCUGUGAUUUGUUUAACUAUGUAUGUAGAUGCACAUGGGGUUGCUGCAGCUUUUUAUUGUCUCAUUAUAUUUUAAGGGCGAUAAAACUGCUUUUUCAGAUUAUCUCAAGUCUUGAUAGAUAUUACGAUAUGGAAGUUUAGGUCUAAUUUUGUAGUCUGUCUCAAGUUUCAGUUACAUUGCAGCUCGAAUGAGGAGGAUGGUGUAGUUCAAUGGGAUAUAACUUUUAAUAUAUAUUUUAUAGUCCCUUGUGAUCAGCUCCACCUAGAUAGAUGGUUCUUAAAAGUAAGAUAC